CAGACAUGGCUUGGGUGACACCCAGUACGGUUUUAGUGAACAGAGACGAGAUUAUUCACGAAGCUGGGGUCACGGACAUCCCAGACGCCAUUCAGGAAGUAUGCAUCAAAGAGGAGAAGAUUGAUGAUUGAGCAAAACUAAUUACAUUGGACAAGUUUUCACCAAAGAAGCAAAAUGACCUGCAAGUUUGGUGCAUUGCUGUCUGAUAUGGAGUGCCCUCCCUUGGUUUUUAACAACGCAAUUGACACCUGGCCUGCAAGGAAAUGGAGCCCAGAUGGUUUAGGUUGUCUUCUUGGUGGAAAAGCCUUUAACUGCCGGAUUGAACCCAGGAUGAUUCAAGAGCAAUUGUGGGAAGCAGACUCUAUUCACAUGAUGGCCACACUUUCUCAAGUAGCUGAUUGGAUGAAUGGAAGAGCAGGGGCAGAUAACCCUCUGCAGGGUUUCCCUCCAGCUGAUUUCUCGUGCUAUGUGGACUACAAAUACAUGAAAGAUAUGUUUUCAGACCAUGUCACGGAACUGAAGUCUGUGAGAUGGGACACGUUUGGCCUGGAUGGGAGGGACGGUGCUGACAGCACGAUAUGGAUUGGAAGUGCGGGGGCGUCCACUCCAUGUCACUACGACACUUAUGGAUUUAACCUCGUCGCUCAGAUAUAUGGCAGAAAGCGUUGGUAUCUGUUUCCUCCGACUGACGCUGCCUGCUUGUAUCCUACUCGGAUACCGUAUGAAGAGUCGAGUGUUUUCAGUGAGGUCAACAUGAGACGGCCGGACUUGAAGAGACAUCCACUCUUUACGAACUGUUCACCGGUAGUGGUAACCCUGGAGCCAGGUCAGGUUCUGUUCGUGCCGCGACACUGGUGGCAUUACGUCGAGUGUGUACAGCCAGCAGUCAGCAUCAAUACAUGGGUAGAAAUGCCUGAAGACGAUGAGUCCAGAUACCAUGAGGCCCUCACAAGGAUGUUGUUUUCUGGUCUUGCGUCCACUGUCGGUGCUGGUGGUCGUUGGGAAGACUGGCUCAACCCCACAGAGGAAAUUCUGCCAAUGGAUGUGAACUUGUCCUAUGUGGAGAUGUCUCUGCAAAACAUCCCGCGUGGUUCUCGGGCCAGUAAUCCAUCAUACGAGGGCAGUUCCCAUGGCAACAGUCUGUACAAACUGGCUUCCACAUUCAAAGACCAUUCUGUGAAGUUGGUACGAACGGAAUGCAGUUGUUACUGCUCCUAUGACCAUCCCACCUCAGACAGAAGCAAUUCUGUCAGCAGUCGGUUCUUAUCAAGAGCAGAUGGGAGACGAUCCAUGGAUCAGACGUUCUGUGACAAGAAGAACUUGGUUGAAGAUUCUUUGAGUGCAUGUCCAAGACAAAGGAAGAUACAGACAGACACAUGUGUAAAGAGGAGAAGACUGAACGAUGACAAUCUUAUUUCUAGUUCAGAUACUAGAGACAGUACGUUUUUCUCCUGUACACAUACUCAACAUGAUGAUGCCAGUACCAGCAGGGACGACUAUGAAAGCAAUAGACUGAUGCCUAGUGUUGGUUGUAAGAGAAGGAUUCGUGAAGCUGACCCUUUAGUCAAUGAAGAGAUAUGUCCACUAGAUUUGCCUGUCCAGACGGAUAUAACUAAUGUUGUUAACUCUGAACAUUUGGUGAAGGGAAAGUAUGGUGCACAGACUCAUCCCUCACUUACGGACAAAACGAGUCGUGAAGAUGAACAUUUGGUGAAGGGAAAGUAUGGUGCACAGACUCAUCCCACACAUACAGACAAAACGAGUCGUGAUGAUGAACAUUUGGUGAAGGGAAAGUAUGGUGCACAGACUCAUCCCUCACUUACGGACAAAACGAGUCGUGAUGAUGAACAUUUGGUGAAGGGAAAGUAUGGUGCACAGACUCAUCCAUCACUUACGGACAAAACGAGUCGUGAUGAUGAACAUUUGGUGAAGGGAAAGUAUGGUGCACAGACUCAUCCCUCACUUACGGACAAAACGAGUCGUGAUGAUGAACAUUUGGUGAAGGGAAAGUAUGGUGCACAGACUCAUCCCUCACUUACGGACAAAACGAGUCGUGAUGAUGAACAUUUGGUGAAGGGAAAGUAUGGUGCACAGACUCAUCCCUCACUUACGGACAAAACGAGUCGUGAUGAUGAACAUUUGGUGAAGGGAAAGUAUGGUGCACAGACUCAUCCCUCACUUACGGACAAAACGAGUCGUGAAGAUGAACAUUUGGUGAAGGGAAAGUAUGGUGCACAGACUCAUCCCUCACUUACGGACAAAACGAGUCGUGAUGAUGAACAUUUGGUGAAGGGAAAGUAUGGUGCACAGACUCAUCCCUCACUUACGGACAAAACGAGUCGUGAUGAUGAACAUUUGGUGAAGGGAAAGUGUGGUGCACAGACUCAUCCCUCACUUACGGACAAAACGAGUCGUGAAGAUGAACAUUUGGUGAAGGGAAAGUAUGGUGCACAGACUCAUCCCUCACUUACGGACAAAACGAGUCGUGAUGAUGAACAUUUGGUGAAGGGAAAGUAUGGUGCACAGACUCAUCCCUCACUUACGGACAAAACGAGUCGUGAUGAUGAACAUUUGGUGAAGGGAAAGUGUGGUGCACAGACUCAUCCCUCACUUACGGACAAAACGAGUCGUGAUGAUGAACAUUUGGUGAAGGGAAAGUAUGGUGCACAGACUCAUCCCUCACUUACGGACAAAACGAGUCGUGAUGAUGAACAUUUGGUGAAGGGAAAGUAUGGUGCACAGACUCAUCCCUCACUUACGGACAAAACGAGUCGUCAUGAUGAACAUUUGGUGAAGGGAAAGUGUGGUGCACAGACUCAUCCCUCACUUACGGACAAAACGAGUCGUGAUGAUGAACAUUUGGUGAAGGGAAAGUAUGGUGCACAGACUCAUCCCACACAUACAGACAAAACGAGUCGUGAUGAUGAACAUUUGGUGAAGGGAAAGUAUGGUGCACAGACUCAUCCCUCACUUACGGACAAAACGAGUCGUGAUGAUGAACAUUUGGUGAAGGGAAAGUGUGGUGCACAGACUCAUCCCUCACUUACGGACAAAACGAGUCGUGAUGAUGAACAUUUGGUGAAGGGAAAGUGUGGUGCACAGACUCAUCCCUCACUUACGGACAAAACGAGUCGUGAUGAUGAACAUUUGGUGAAGGGAAAGUGUGGUGCACAGACUCAUCCCUCACUUACGGACAAAACGAGUCGUGAUGAUGAACAUUUGGUGAAGGGAAAGUGUGGUGCACAGACUCAUCCCUCACUUACGGACAAAACGAGUCGUGAUGAUGAACAUUUGGUGAAGGGAAAGUAUGGUGCACAGACUCAUCCCUCACUUACGGACAAAACGAGUCGUGAUGAUGAACAUUUGGUGAAGGGAAAGUAUGGUGCACAGACUCAUCCCACACAUACAGACAAAACGAGUCGUGAAGAUGAACGUUUGGUAAAGGAAGAGAGGGGACGACCACAGGAUUGGAAUUUACAGGUGGACAAAAAGAAUGUUAGUAAUGAUGAAUAUUUGGUAAUGGAAAAGAAGGGACAACAGGAAGAUCCUUUACAUAGAGACACAGAGAAUGUUAAUAAUGAUGAUCAUUUGGUCAGAGAAGAGUUUGGUGCACAGAAUCAGUUGUUUCAUACAGACAAAGAGAAUGAUUGUAAUGAUGACCAUAUGAUCGAGGAAAGUAUCGAACCACAAGAACAUGCUUUACAUACGGACAAUGAGAAUGUUAGUAAGGAUGAACAUUUGGUAAAGUUAGAGUGGGGACCACAAAGUCAUCCUUUACAUAAGGACAUAAAGAAUAUUAUGGAUGAUGAAUGUUUGGAAAAGACUGGUCCACGUGAUCGGUAUUUACACAUGGACAAAGACAAUAUUAGUUAUUCUGUAAACUUGGUUAUGGAAGACUGUGCUUUGCAGGAUAUUCCUCUACAGACAGACAAACAGAAUAACGGUGAUUCUGAACACUUUGGUCACACUAAAAACCAAUAUUUUAAAAAUUAUUUUGUAGAAAAUGAGGGUACCAUGAUUCCCACGGAAAGCAAGUUUUCACAGGUACCAGGCAUUGAAGUAUUUGCUUUAUACCCUUGUGGUUAUACUUCGGUAGAUAAGUAUCACAAUAAAUCUGAUUCAGAUGGAAAGAAAGCUGAUGGUGAAUUAGCCGUAGGAAACAAACAUAUGGGUGAUGGGGAGCAUGCCGGAUAUGUACACAAAACAAAGGAUGUUCACAGAUCGGGUGAUAAGGAUUCAGAUAGUGAGAGUUGUAAAAAAGAGACGGAAUCGUCCAGUGAUCUUCAGUCCAGUACAAGUAUUUGUCCCACAACAUCAGCAGAAGUUGUUUCUAGGAUUGACGGAGAUCAAAAACCUCUCUUCAACAUCUUUUCUUCUACUGCUCAAAGACCCUCCGUACCUGCAGAUAGAAACACAGACAGUACGUCCACACUGGAUAAAAAUGAAGCAUCUUUGGGGAGGAUGAAUGACAGGGAUGUUCGACAGUCUGUUGACUCUGUCGAAGAAACAGUGGAUGGUGAAACUGUGAUCUCUGACGAUAUAAGCAAAUUUCGAAACCUCAUUAUGAAAUCCGUGUUAGAUCCACGGGUGAUAAAUGUUUUGGCAGAGGUUUUAAAAGAAAACUGUCUGACAUAAAUAUCAAGAUAUAUGAUUUUUAUUUGAUAAAAUGAUCUGGGAGAGAUUUUCAAAGAAACUAUCCUGCAUAAAUAUCAGGAUACAUGAUGUUCAUUUGAUAACAUUUUCUGGUAGAGGUAUGGAAAAAACCCUAUCCUGCAUAAAUACCAGGGAAUUUGAUGUUUAUUUGAUAAAAUGUUGAAAUUUCUGGUACAUUAAAUUUUUCGGUAAAACUUA